CAAAAAUGAAGAGCAUGUUCCGGUUUUGCCGUUAGGCAGGUAUAUGUACCCUGCGCUUCACCACACCCCCUCUCCCAUAUGGACCAACUCCAAGUUGAUUCAGCAGCAGCUGCCCUCGUUGACGAGGAAGACGUGGUCACUGCCAACGAUGCCCGCCGUGAUGGUGAUACAAGAGCCGGUGGGAGCAGUGGCCGAGUCAGGGGUCCCUGGUCUCCGGAAGAAGACGCAAUUCUCAGUCAACUCGUCAACAAGUUCGGCCCCCGGAAUUGGAGCUUGAUCGCCCGUGGAAUUUCCGGUCGUUCUGGAAAGUCUUGCCGGCUUCGCUGGUGUAACCAGCUCGACCCUUGCGUCAAGCGGAAGCCCUUUACUGAGGAAGAGGAUCGUAUUAUAAUUGCAGCCCAUUCACAUCAUGGAAAUAAGUGGGCAUCAAUUGCAAGGCUCCUGCCAGGCAGAACAGACAAUGCAAUCAAGAACCACUGGAAUUCUACACUAAAGCGACAGUGCAAGAAGCUUGACAUGUUUAAACCAAUAUCUGGUAGUAUGUUGGAAGAUGGUAGCCCUGACAGAACAAAGGCAUCCUCAGAAGAAACCAUGUCGCCAGGUGAUAUCGACUCACGGAAGCCCCCAGAAGGAAGAGAUGCGAGCUUGAUGGAUAAUGGACUCUAUCAGUGUGAAAACAAGGUUCAGACCACUGAAGAUCAUUCUUCCAUUUCUCGUCCAAUGGCACGUGUUAGUGCCUUCAGCGUUUACAACCCUCCAAGUGGCCUGAGAGUCGGAUCUGCAUUUUCAAGGGCGGCCCCAAUGAAGGGGCCUUUGGUCCAAACCUCUAAACCACACUUGGAGGUCUGUAAAUUCCUUGAAGGUGUUUAUAGUGAACCCACGAUCCCUUUGCAAUGUGGUCACGGUUGCUGUGAGGCUCCAACUGGUGGCCAAUCUCAAGGGUCGCUGUUGGGGCCUGAAUUUAUUGAAUACAUGGAACCCCCACCAUUCUCUAGUCAUGAAUUAGCAUCCAUAGCUGCAGAGUUGAACAGUAUUGCUUGGAUCACGAGUGGCCUUGUGAACAGCAGCAGUAGCAUGCAGGACGAAACAGCCGGACAGAGGCUCUGUAUGGGAGCUGCAGCACAACUGAAGAAUGAGCAUUUGCGACUUGAGGAGGGAAGGAACAAGCUGAUGGGCAUGAUGACAGAGGUGCUGCCGACCCAGAUGCCUGCCUAGGUACAAAUCCUCCAUUUGACAGUAAUUAGAGGAAGCUUUUCUGACGUUUCUAAGACUUUGAAAAGUUUUAUAAUUCAAGAAUUAGAAAAGUUAGAAACAUUUUCUAAAAUCACCGUCAAACAGAGUUUAAAGUGAGAGGAUGGUAGACUUCUAAAAUUAGUAAAUUACAACCGUCUUUUUCCUGAAUUACUUAGUGGAGGACAAUAGUUAUCUGAAGAAGGCCUCUCGUUGGGGGUGAAGAGAUGGAUGUAAAACAUACUUGACGUCAAGUUGACUCUGAAAUGAGGUUUUUUCAUGAAUGGUUUGAUGAAUGUAUAAGCAUGAAGCUCUCAAUUUUUAGUAUAAAGGGCUGAUUUGAUUUAGGUA